CACAUCCUGUCGCAUCUGAACUCCGCCGCAUUUCAGCCGGGCCGCUUGUGCUCCGCCGCGGCAUCUGCUUUUCGGGGAUACAGGCAAAAUCGAGCCCGCAGUCCAGCUGCCGCUCCGGGAGAUAAACGGGGUCUGCAGGUAAAGGAGCGGAAUAAUAAUCUAAAUAAAAGCAAUCAAGGAAACGUCUUUUCGCGAUCAACCUACCGCGGCACAGGCAUGAGGAGAUGUAUCAGGAUGGCCGGCCCUCAGUGAAGGAGGAGCGAUGCUCGCUGCAGUCUGAGAACCCUGAAACGACACGUGGAAUGCUUCACUCUCCAUACUACACGCCGUUGGAAUGAGACUCAGAGGCCGGGACAUUCAAGACCCCACAGUGUCCUGGAUAUCCAGCAUCCUGGGCGUGCAGAGUGUAAGGCUGCGCUUGAGACUGGAUCGCCGUGACGACAAGGGCCGGGGCUGCUGGCAGCUGGUCGACCUGGGCGGCGAUAAGGACGGGAGCAAUCCAUGCGGGGAGGUGACGGAGCCGUUCUCGCAGAGUUCGAUGAGCAUUCCCGCAGCCUCCAUGCAGAAAGCUGACGGCGGUGACAUGCAGGCGCCGGCAGUGGGUCCCUCCUUCAUCCCCGGCCAGAGGGGGAAGAUACCAGGCAGGAAGCGGGGGAGGCCCCCCCUACGCAAUGUCCCCAAAAUGGAUUUUCCCAACCGGUACACAGAGUCGCUGUCACCCCUAAAAGUGCCGAAGAAGAGGGGACGCAAGCCAGGAUUUAAGCUGAAGUCUCGCAUGGUGAUGACGCCGUUGGCCAUUUCCCCGCCCAGCAGCACGCCGGAGCCGGACAUGAGCUCCAUCCCCCAGGAUGCUGCCACAGUGCCCCACUCAGCCACACCCCAGGUGCUCACAGUCUGCAUUUAUAUAAACAAGCAAGCCAACACAGGUCCUAAUCUUGACAGGAAAAAAGUGCAGCAGCUCCCAGACCACUUUGGGCCGGACCGCCCCUCCGUGGUUCUGCAGCAGGCGGUGCAGGGCUGCAUUGACAGUGCUUUCCAGCAGAAAGCCGUGUUCUCGCUGCUCACGCAGGGGUACGGUGGCGAGAAAAUUUCAGCCACAUUUGAUGGGAAGCAGCACCUUCUCAGUCUGCCCGUGGUGAACAGUGUUGGCUAUGUGCUGCGCUUCCUGAAGAAGCUGUGCCGUAGUUUGCACUGCGAGAACCUCUUCAGCGACCAGCAGUUCGUGCGGCACCAUGCCGACAAGGGCUGUGAGGGCAACGCGGCCUCCACAGACACCUCUAUGCCCGAGGACUACCUGGUUGACCCGAUCGACUCCAAGCGGUAUUCGGUGGACCCCAGCGACUCUGCUUUCAACACCAUGAAUUCACCGUAUCCGCCCAAGCCGUACAGCUACCGUGUGUGCCAGCCAUUCCCAGGAGGAUCCGCCCCCCCAGGCCUGUGCAGACAGACGGCCAGCCCCAGCACCUUCCAGGAAGGAAACAGAAGUGCCUACAGCCCCUCCCCGGAGUCCCAGGAGUCCAAGCCCCCUCCCAGUAAAGACCCCUCCACCUGGACGGUGGAGGACGUGGUGUGGUUCGUCAAGGAUGCCGACCCGCUCGCCCUAGGCCCACACGUGGAGGUCUUCAGAAAACAUGAGAUCGACGGCUACGCACUGCUGCUCCUGAAGAGCGACAUGAUCAUGAAGUAUCUGGGGCUGAAGCUGGGUCCGGCGCUGAAGCUGUGCUACCACAUCGACAAGUUAAAACAGGCCAAGUUCUGAGUCUACCCCCGGUGCUGGAGAAAUCCUCUAUCGCUAGCAUUAAUUCACGGUGCAGUAAAUGCAUAUGUACUGUUUUUUUAUGUUUUAUGGAAGGAGAACAUUUUUAAAAGUUGUACUUUUUAUUUAUAGAAUCUGCAGAUGGUAAAUUCGGUGGCUGUCACACAACACACAGAAUUUUACAAACAUUCUCUCGCCAUGUCCUGGGGUGGGGAUUUCAAUGGUGCUGCCAGUGGUGACGAACCAUGUUCACAAUGGGAUCACAGUAUGACAAAAGGCUGGGAUUAAAAAGAGGGUAAGAGCGAAUGGCAACUUUCAGAGGAAGUUUCAAUAUAGAGAAGAAGCUGUUUGUUAAAUAUACACAAAACUAACGCAAUGACCUCCUGCCUGAAUCCAGAGGAGCUUCACACAGAUGUUCCUUGCCCUUGUAUCUGGGAUGUUUUCCAAGAGGCUUCCUAUUCUGCCUCUCUGCUACCCCCUACUGGCUCAGUAAGCCAUAACUGCUCAGGCUCACUGUCCCUCUUUCACCAGCAGCUGGUCACCUCUCGUAUUCACCAGCAGGGACCACUGUCGUAAGGCAGCUAGACUUGUAACAGGGCGGCACACGGCCUACCAGGAGAUCUGUCCGACAGAUGAGUUAGCCUCAGCCCAGCAGUAGCAGAAAUGGGUAAAUAUAUUCACAGGAAUCAGCUGGGAAGCUCACAAAGCCGCUACAGGAAGAACACACCUGAUCUGAUAUGUACAUAUAGUUAUUCUGAGCUGCUUGGUUUCCCAUAGGCGACCUCUCUUGGAAACAGGAAGAUAAAGACGUGUGAAAGAUAACGAAUCGCGAAGCCAGUGCGAGAUGCGGUUUAUGACAUCAAAGUCGUCGCUGCGGUCAUUGUUAGGACCUUGUGCCAUUUCUCUGGCUAUAGAUGUAUGUGAAAAGCCUCCCAAGGCUUGCCACAGACUCCACAGUGUCCAGGUACGCCGGCCCAUUUCAAGAAAACAAUCACUGAAGUGGAUGAUUUUAUUUGUAAGAUGAGUAGUUUUUAGACACAAAAAUGUUCUGGUACCUGUUUAUUAUUAUUAUUAUUAUUAUUAAUAAUAAUAAUAAUAACAAUUAUUAUUAUUACUAUAUUUUGAAUUUUGAAAAUGGUAUACAUUUAAAAAAAAAUAUUAAGUAUUUCAUGUUUGAGUAUUCCUUGUCUUCCAGGUGACAAGGAAGAUGGCGAGGAAAGCAUUUUUAACGUACUUUAGUUUUUUUUUAUAACAUAUGCAGUAUAUAUGAGGUUGAUGUUCCUUUGUAUCCAAGUACACUUGUAUAUAACACCAUUUUAAACUGACAAUGUAUAAUCAUAAAGAUAUGGUACAAGCCUAACUUUAAACAAAACAGGUACCGCUCCUAAACUGUUAGAUGUUUCCGUGCGAUAUCUACAUUCGCCUAUGUGAACUGCGUUUUUUUUUUUUUGUAAUUGAAUUCAUUGCGGGCCGUUCUGGUACACCUGGGGCACCUACGUAGCUACUUUGACAUCCUCCAUACUUCUCCAAAAACAAUCAUAAUAACUCACAGGGUUGAACACUAUCAACACAUCAACAGUAGCAAUGUUUGUUUUUUUUUCCCCUAUAUUUUGUAUGUAUGGUUUUGGAGGGCUUUUCAGCUAUGAGCCGCCAUGCGCUAUUUCAGAAUUCUUCCAGCUAGCUUUAAACACGAGAGGCACGCGUCGUGACUCUGGGAAAAUGCUUUGCCAUUUUAUCGGAGACGCCUCGGUCCUCCACGGCCUCUCCAUCCAUACGAUGCUAGUCUGUACGGAAGCAUUCGGCGUUGCUUGCGUGUUGCUGUGUAUUGCAUUUGUGUAUUUCUCAUCAGUGUAUCCCAAUGCUGCUUUCUACGAUGAACUAAACGUGAGCCAGGGCUGGAGGAAACCAAGCAAAGAGUGUAUGUAGCUGCAGUGGAGUUUUGAGGUGUGUUACCUUGAAGGCUGCUACAUGAAUCAUUCCUGUUGGUGCUAAAUUUUAAAGUGUGCUUAUUCCUUUGGUUUGCUUUAGUGCUGUGCAAUUCCGUGUGAUUUUACAAAAAACCCAGACCUGCAUAUCAUAUGUAAGUUAUAAACGGAGCGUUAUAGUGUAUGAAUAAAGCAUUACACUCUA